AAAAUCUUCUGUUUGUUAGGUGUUUUGUAGAUUAAUGCUGAAUACUUUCACCUAUAAGAGGCAAUAUAAUUUUAAAAAAAUCAGAAAUAGAUAACAUUUAAUACAUUGUAUUUUUAGAAAAAGUUUUAUAGCAGUCAACAGCUUUCAGAUUCCUUCAAAGGACAGUAUGUAAUAUAAAUGGGACAGCAAAAUCUCUCAAGUAUUUUUAAAACAACUUGAAAUUUAAAUAUUAUCAUCCAAUGAAAGGUAAACCUGACAAGAGCAUCAUAGAGCAUCCAAUAAAUGUAGAAGCCUCCAAAGGAAGAGAACAAAAGCUACCUCAGGAUGUAUGAUCUAGGCACCUAUAUGUCUGUUUAAAUUCCUGAAUUUGUCUUCUCCCAGAAAAAAACAAAGCCAUCAAUUUACUACUUCCAUUUGCCAGAACAAGCAUUGUCAACUACUUCAUGGUUUCUGCAUCACACUUGCAUUUUAGAGCUGUGUAAUUGGCUUUAUGAACAGAGUUUGCAGCUGAAAACAUUUUUGGCCUGUUUUUGAGACUUUUUAGCCAUGACUAAAAGAGAUGCAGAGGAGCUGAUAGAAAUAGAAAUUGAUGGGACUGAGAAACAGGAGUGCACUGAAGAAAGCAUCGUUGAGCAGACGUACACUACAGCAGAAUUUGUGAGUCAGGCUAUUGACAUCAAUGAACCAGUUGGAAAUCUUAAGAAGUUGUUGGAACCAAGACUUCAGUGUUCCUUGGACGCACAUGAAAUCUGCCUGCAAGAUAUCCAGCUGGACCCAGAUCGCAGUCUCUUUGACCAAGGAGUAAAGACAGAUGGAACAGUACAGCUUAGUGUACAAGUAAUAUCCAGGCAAGGAAUAGAGCCCAAGUUAAACAUCCUUGAAAUUGUAAAGCCUGUAGAAACUGUGGAGGUAGUUAUCGAUCCGGAUGCCCACCAUGCUGAAGCUGAAGCUCACCUUGUUGAGGAAGCCCAAGUGAUAACUCUAGAUGGAACAAAACACAUUACAACAAUAUCAGAUGAAACUUCUGAGCAAGUGACUCGAUGGGCUGCAGCACUGGAAGGCUACAGAAAGGAGCAAGAACGCCUUGGAAUACCCUAUGACCCUGUACAGUGGUCAACAGACCAAGUACUCCACUGGGUGGUAUGGGUGAUGAAGGAAUUCAGCAUGACUGACAUAGACCUCAAUACUCUUAGUAUUCCAGGCCGAGAGUUAUGUAGCCUCAAUCAAGAGGACUUCUUCCAGAGGGUCCCUCGGGGAGAAAUCCUUUGGAGCCACCUGGAGCUUCUUCGAAAAUAUGUAUUGGCUAGCCAAGAACACUCUGGAGAAAUAGCAACAGUUACUAUUGAUCAGCCUGUGCAAAUUAUUCCAGCAUCUGUACAGCCUGCUACCCCAACCACCAUUAAAGUAAUAAACAGCAGUGCAAAGGCAGCUAAAGUACAAAGAGCACCAAGAAUCUCAGGAGAAGACAGAAGUUCACCUGGGAACAGAACAGGAAACAAUGGCCAGAUUCAGCUAUGGCAGUUUUUGCUAGAACUUCUUACUGACAAAGAUGCUCGAGACUGUAUUUCUUGGGUUGGCGAUGAAGGGGAAUUUAAACUGAAUCAACCUGAGCUGGUUGCACAGAAAUGGGGACAACGUAAAAAUAAACCCACCAUGAACUAUGAGAAGCUUAGUCGUGCUCUACGGUAUUACUAUGAUGGCGAUAUGAUCUGCAAAGUACAAGGCAAGAGGUUUGUGUACAAAUUUGUCUGUGACUUGAAAACUCUUAUUGGCUAUAGCGCAGCAGAGCUGAACCGGUUGGUCACAGAGUGUGAGCAAAAGAAACUGGCAAAGAUGCAACUCCAUGGCAUUGCACAGCCAGUCACAGCAGUAGCACUAGCUACUGCAUCCCUGCAAACUGAGAAAGACAAUUAAGCACAAGAACCUGAAAGUGGGAGCCUGAGGCCUUUCUUAUAUACCCAGAGCAGUUAUCUUUAUCAGAAUCGGAAACUUCUUUUUAUUCCUUGACAGUACAAUAUGAUGCAUGAUUUUCUACAAAGAACUGAGACUCCCAUAAAUUUGGAUCUUUAACACACUGAAAUAUAUGCUAUGUUAAGGGAUCACCACAACUUCUUCAAUAUGAAGACAGACCCACUGUGUCAUGUAGUCUGCUGAAAUUGGUGAGGAAAGCUGAACUGGUUCAUGUUGUAUGUCCAGCCCUACAAAAUAUUUUUUGCAGCAUUUUAAGAAAAGUGAAGCAUUUACAGGAAACAGACUGGUCAAUAGUUUAAAUUCAGCCCUUUCUGAUAUUUUUUAUUCUUUAUUGAACUACAAAAUGGAAUUGGAUGCUUACAGUUAAAGCAGGAGCUGCCCUUAAACAUGCCUGUUAAUCUCAUCUAAUCAAGCAGAGCAGAAAGAACAGACACAUUAAAAAAUAAUAGAAAGCAUCAAGUCCUUAAGACAAUUUCUCUGUUUAUAAGCAAAGAAAACUAAGAAUAGACUAAACUCAAGAUCAGUGCUGAAGAAAGAGAUCCAUAUUUAAGUCUGGCUUAGAUCAAAAGCCAAUUAUGAGUAUUUCAUUGUAAUGUGUAGCUAACAUGCAUAUACAAGGGCAAGUUCUUAACUUCUGAAAAAUGUUAUGCUGGCUACUCAGCAAAAGAAAAUUAAUAAAGAUUUUCCUGUUUUUCCUGUCAGGUGAUUAAAAACUUGAAAAGGUAUCCCUCACCCAAAAAGAAGUUUUUAUUACUCUACGCUGCAGAGUAUAUUAGCCAAUACUCCUUAUACCUGCACUUAGUUGAUCUUGAUGAACUGAAGACUUAAGUUAAUCACAUUCAGCAGUCCUUUUCUGUUUAGAAACAAAAUGAGUUGCAAAUAAGUUUAUAAAAAUCUGAAGUUUGACUUCCAGAUUAUUGUACAGUUUUCCCUAUUAAAAUAUGAAAAAAUAUAGUUUCUUAUUUAAAAUUAGUUUCUUUCCAAACUUCAGAUAAUGUUUUAAGGCCUCAGAAACAAAACUACACAUUCCUGAGACCUAAGCAGGACACAGUUAAGGGUUUGGAUACAUUUUUCGAAAUAUAUAUAAUUGGAAUGUAUCCCGAAUCCAGAGACUGGUAUUAAUACUUCUUCAUUCAGGCAUAUACAUGUUAAUAUGUACAAAACUGUGUCUCCAUGAUUUGUGAGCUUCUCCAUUAAUGACUUGCUAGACUUCUGUUAGUCUGAAUAGAGCAUUUUUUACUUUUUGCCCCUUUGUUUAAACAGUAUGAAUAUUGUGUUGCCAUGCAUUUUUGCUGUUCUUGCAAGCAGAUUUUUUUUAAAUAAGGAACCAUCAGCAGAAGCUGUGGUGUCACUUGACAAGUAGUAAAAAUAUAAUUGCAUAAGAGAAAAUCUUUAGUACCAUGUUGAAAGGUCAAGUUACUCUUAAAACUUUUAAGUCAAGAAUUUGGCUAACCUGACAGAUGCUUAAUGUAAAAUGUACUUAAACGGAGUGGUGGGAGCACUAUGUUGUUGCUGUUGACAAGUAAAGAGAAACUGGCUUUCAAGGAAUUGGAAAUAUGUGAGACUUGUAUAUUUUUAGGGUUUAUUUUUUAAGGGUACAUCUGGGGGCUGAGGUAUUUUUCUCGGUGGAGGGGCAUCUCCAUGCCCCUCCUGUAGGCCUAAGGAUCUCAUGCCGUUUUGGCCAUCUACCGUUUAAGUCUCUCUAGCUGCCAUCUCCACCAUUGUAGCUUUCUCUUGGCAGAUUCCUCCAGUGACUUUUAAUUUACCAUUCUUGAAUUACUGAAGCACUCCCUCAUUUGCCAAAAGGGUGAGCAUGCUGCUUCUGAACGAUGUAUUAGCUUGAUAAGAAGCUACACAAAUCCUUUUAAGUCCUUAACAAAUCCUUAAGUUACAGAUAUGGGUAAAUCAGUCAGAAGUCAAGUCAAAUGUCUAACUUGUAUGACUGUUAUAGUACAGUUGUAGCACAUUUUCACUAUUUAUCAAGCAUUUGAAAUCUCUUAUGUAAAUAGCUGAGGUCACCAUCUUGCUUAUGAAAGGGAAUAUUCGGCUGCAAGUUGUGUAGCUAACAACUUUUUUCUGUGUCCGGAAUUCCAUUUGUGCAGCUCUGUUCAAGACAAGGAUGACACUGUAAAUACAGGCCACAAUUCAAGUAGCUAAUUAAUAAAUGUGAUACAACUGCCUCUUAGAACACUGCUCAGUCUUUCUUGCAGAGGUCUAAAAUACUGCAAGUGGGCAGAGAAAGGAAGGGUUCAAAACGGUGACCUACCAAAUCAGUCUAAUGGAGGAUGAAUUAAUAUCAAAGCUAAUAAGUAAAAUUGAUGCUUUACCCUUGAAUAUACACAAAAUUAAAUAAAACUAUUAGGAAAGAUGGCAUCAAAACUUCCCAUGUAAAUACAUCUCAUUAUUUUGAAGCCCUUUAAUUUAGUAAAUAUGAUUAUCCCUUUUGGGUUUGUUUAUAUGCAUUUUAUUUCCUGGUAGGAUCUGCUGCUCUUCCACCAUGUUCUUUUCAUUAAAAAAGGACCAAUGCAUUUUUCAAACAGCACAAGGCUGUUGUCAAAUGUCCUGUAGCUAAGAGAGAAAUCUGACUAACUUGAUGUCUUCAAUUAAAUAAAGGAUGUAGAAUAUUAUAUGUCAAUAUAAUUGUUUUGUUGCUGCCAGAAAAAAAAUAAGUAUAAUCCCAAUUUUUUGUAAAACAGGGGUUUUGCAUACAUUUUUACUCUUUAAAUAAAGACACUUAUACUCUGCUAAUAAUUAUGUAUUACUUUUGUUUUGAAUUUUUUUGGUAAUUUUACAUGAAACAAUUAUUUUCUAUUUUUACUCUGAUAAAAUAUUUGUGCAUAAAAUGUCAACAUAGUAAAAUAAAAAAAAUAAAACUGUUGCACAGCUUA